CAUCCCAGCAGCUCCUGACUGCAGCCCACAAGCCAGCCUUGCAGGUUCCCCAGUGUGUGCGAUUCUCUGAGCCAGUGUGUCAGCUCCUUCCUUCUUUAUCUGCCCCCACCCCUUCAUGGCCCUAUCUCCCUACCUCUCCCUCCCCUGACCCAUCUUUUCUCUCCUUGUCCCUCGUGUGCCCUCUCCCCCUCCCCCUGUCCCGGCUCGGAGCUCCCCCAGCCUCACACAGCUCAGAGCCUGUAAUUACUUGGCCAUGCGGGGAGGGAGCGGGCUGCCCCUGCCGCCGGUCCCGAGGCUUUUCCUGCCGCAGCUGCACUACAGGGAUGUCUGUCUCUCUCCUCCGCCUCCUCGGGCUUCUCCGCUUGCUCAUCCUGCUCUGCCUGCACCCCGGAUCUCAGACCCGCGUUAAGGACAGCAGUGAGGUGUGGGAUGAAGAGGUGGCUGAAUGGUGGGGAGAGUGGAGCUCCUGGUCCACCUGCUCUCGGACAUGUGGAGGAGGAGUUAUGUCUCGAGAGCGUCAUUGUCUACGCCAGAGGCUCCAAACAGUUUUGGGAACAGACAACACUGUGUGUGGGGGCAAUUCAAAGCAAUACCAGCUAUGCCAAAAAGAGCUGUGCCCAGCUGGCUCUGUGAGCUUCAAGCAAUACCAAUGCUCUGCCUUUAAUGCUAAAGCAUUUGGAAAAAUCUAUCAUCACUGGGUGCCCCUUUAUCCAGAUGAUUACACCAGCAUCUCAAGUAAGCCAUGUGAUCUUCAGUGCACCAGUACAUCCCGAGAGAGGCAGCUACUGGUACCAGCCCAUGAUGGAACAAGUUGUAGAGACAGGACCUAUCAGGGAGUCUGUAUCAGCGGAAAGUGUGAGCUAGUGGGGUGUGAUGGGAAGUUGUACUCAGCCCAGUCUUUGGAUCGAUGUGGCGUUUGUGGUGGUGAUGGAAGUACAUGUUAUAGGGUAUCUGGAAACUUCAGAAAGUGUGUCUUGGGAUACGCCUUAAUCACAACAAUCCCAGCUGGAGCCUUUGAUGUUCUUAUUACAGAAAAGAGGAAUACUGAGAAUAUUUUGGCUCUGGCAGACUCUGCAGGAAAUUUUUACAUCAACGGAAAUAUGAUGAUGGACAAUCCUCAGAAUUUUCGCGUUGCAGGGACCCUGGUGAAGUACCGAAGACCACCAAACAUGCAGAGCGAGGGACUGGAGUAUCUUACUGCACGGGGGCCAACCAACCAGUCCCUCAGUGUCAUGUAUUACAACUUCAAUGGGAAGAUUCCUCACAUAACUUAUGAAUACACCGUGCCCCGUGUCCCAGAGCCACAUCUACCUCUUCUUUCUGGUCCAAGGGAACAAUCUCUCAACACUGCUAGUGAUUUACAUAGUCAGUCACAAAGAGGAUCUGAGAGAGACUUGCAAGAUCCAUCUGAUACGUGGAGCUGGUUAAACCCAGAGGAAGGAAAAGGUUUGCAUCAGCACCAGCACUCAGGGAGACCCAGCAAAGAGCAAAAUGAAAGAGAAGAAGAAGAUCUGCUGCCCAGCACUGAAUCCCCUCAGGCUAUGCUACAGAGUGACCUGUGGAGACUUUGUGACCAGCAGAGUGAUUCUACCCUGUGCCAGACACUGUUUGCUGGAAGUCAGACACUACCAGAUUCUGCUGUGGAAAAAAAACAACUUCAGGACAGUCUAAUACUGCCGGCUGCCUAUGAACAUCUUGGGUCCAGUCUUGUGACACAGCCACUGCAAUCACCCGUCACUAACAGUGACGUGGCAGGGCAAGACAUUAGUCGGGCUGAUAUGUAUCGCUGGAAGGUAUCAGCAUAUUCCCCCUGCAGCUCCACAUGCAGCUCAGGAAUCAGUUUCACUUAUGCUUUGUGCAUUCGAUAUGAUGGAAGAGAAGUAGAUGAAUCUCACUGUGAUCCCACAACAAGACCAGAGCCCACCCAAGAAUAUUGCUCAGGAAGAGAAUGUAUGCCAAGGUGGGAGUCCAGUGGAUGGAGCGAGUGCUCUCGUAGCUGUGGACAGGGGAUACAGGUGCGAUCAGUACGGUGUUGGAAGAUGCUGGCCCCAGGGCUUGAUAGCUCUGUUUAUGAUGAACAGUGUGAUGGUGCUCAACUCCCAAGACCCCCACAAAAGAAAGUGUGUAAGAAUAAGCCAUGUGGACCACAGUGGGAGUUGGCUGAAUGGUCUGAGUGCCCAGCUUCUUGUGGAUCUGAAGGGAUGAUGAGUAGGGAGGUAAGAUGCUCUUCAGAUUUGCAUCAGUGUGAUGAGUCCAUUAAGCCCCAAGCUGAGAAGUCAUGUCAGGGUCCCCCAUGUGACCAUCAUUGGACAUCGUCUGAGUGGGGCCCGUGUUCGGGUUCUUGUAGUGAGGGCCAUAUGAGUCGGUAUGUGGUUUGUCGCAACAAAGAAGGGAAAGUGAUUCCAGAUUCCCACUGUGACUCUGACACCAAACCUAUAGCCAUGCAGCCUUGUGGGGAGCUGAACUGUGCCCCACUCUGGGUACCACAGGAUUGGGGACAGUGCAGCAAAACCUGUGGAUCUGGCCUGCAGGUCCGAGAAGUGAAGUGUUAUCAGGGUGAAGAGGUGGGCCAUGGAUGUGACCCAGCUACAAAACCGGAAAGCAAGCAGUCAUGCCAGCUGCAGUCAUGCCCCACCGAGGCUCCAGAAGAAAACUGUGAAGACAAAGCAACAGCAAACUGUUCCCUGGUACUGAAAGUCAAGCUGUGCUCCCACUGGUAUUACCGCAAGGCAUGCUGCCGAGCCUGUGGGGGAAAAUCCCCCUGACUGCCAUCUGCUGGCACAACUUCCUAACCUCAUUGGUGUGAAUCCUGUACAGAUUAAAAUACACCAGGUGCUCUCCUAUUAAUAACCCUGCAGUUCCACUACUUCGGGUAUGCUAGAUGUAGUAGAAGGGAAUGUUUGGCAGUGGUUAUUUUACCUCUACAUUUUAAUUUAGCCUUAUGGUGCCUAGUGAUCAAUCUGCUGUUUUGUUGAUGUGAAUAUUUGCCUGAAUCUCCUCUUUCAGUUACCCUCAUACCCCAACAAGGCCAAAGAAACCAUUAGCAUAUUGCCCUUAAAUGUGUUCCCCUAGCUCCCAGACAUGUAGAAGGGUAUCCUAUUACUGUACUGUGUUUUUACAAGUGAAUUGGGCAUUAGGUGCUGGAACAGACACAGCCUGUCUCCCAGUUGUUGACUUCUCCUGCAGUUUCAAUUUCAUGACACAUGACCCUUGGCAUCCCAUGAGGUUUAAGGGUCAAUGAGUGACAUACAAUAUAUGGAAAUGUAAAAGCUGUAAAACUGCAAUUCAGCCUUAUUAAGAAAGAAUGUUAUUUAAAAAAACACACACCAUACAUGUGGAUCCUAGUUAAUCACAGGUCUGAAACUGAAUCCAAGCUUUGUAUCCAUGAGACAACGGCCGCCAUAUCUGGCUCCAGCAAAAGUGACAAUGGCUGAAGACAAAGAUGUAUUUUUAUUAUUCUAAAUAAAACAAGAACCAAACUGGA